AUGGUAUAACGCUGGGACUUCUUCGCUGCGUGGCCUUCAGCUUAGUCACACACACGACGGUAGAAACAAAUAAGUUCCAAAGCUCCUCAUAGAAAUUUUCCAAAACAGUGGUAUGCUCUUUGCUUAUUUCCCAAAGCUCCUCCCUGCCAAAUUUGAUUGCAAAAUUUGGGUUAGUCCUAUGGAAUUCAGAUGAGUCACGUCGAAAAUGAAGAAGAAAACAAAUGUUACCCCUUCGAACAACACACACACACAUAUAUAUAUAUAUAUAUAUACAUAUCUUGUGGAUGGAGUUGCUGUUAUCCUGUUCUUCCCAUCACUGUCAGUGCUGUUGCUGCCAUGAUGCUAUCAAAAUUGGACAUCCAAAGCUUCGCUCCUGCUAUUGCAAAUCCUGGAAAAGCACAAAAAUAAAGACAUUCAAGGAUCACUUUUUGAAGAACCUUCUCAUGGAGCUCUAUUUUGCACUUGGGAAACAUUUAAGAGGACAUUGAAAGAUAGAUAGAUUCAAAGGGAUACAGCUAAACAACAUAUCAUUCAUUGUGGAGACUUUCACCACCGGCUCAAGAUUGGAGAUCACCUUAGCGAGAAGAGGUUUGGAACAUUGAUAAGCUCUUAUUAUAGAGGUGCACAUAGAAUUAUUCUCGUAUGUGAUCACUCAUUUCAAUGAUUUUCAACUGGCGUGUCUCGGGAGCUUCUUUCUUCAUGAAAGUGUCUUUUUCUUAUCGGGACUACCUUUUAUUUACUUUGAAAGAGCAGGAUGGCUGAGCAAAUACAAAAUUCAGUCAUGCUGGAUAUAGGCUGUGUUACUAUUUCUCUUAAUUGCUGCUUAAUGAGACAGCAAAAGCAUAUCUAGUCAGUGUUUCAGAUCUUGACAUACAGAAUGGGAGGCUUUGCUUUUAUUUUUAUCCAUUCCAUUAUUAUGAGGUUGGAUGGAUGACAAACCAGUACUGUUUUCUGAGGAUCCAAGCAGCUCCAUAUCCAUUCUCUGCUAGCCACAUAUUAGUACAGCCAAAAAAUAACUCCCCUGAAGCUCAGGAGAAAUGUAUCACUCGGCUACUGCUGUAUCAUUUUUGUGUCAAUCUACCAGUUAUGAUUGUUUCCUAUCCUGUCUUCAGAUUCAUGGGCAUGAGAAGUAGUCUCCCUUUGCCAUCCUGGAAAGUAAUUUCAAUACAGAUUUUAUUCUACUUCAUUCUGGAGGACUUUGUAUUCUAUUGGGGACACAGGAUUCUACAUACAAAAUGGCUGUACAAGCAUGUUCACAGUGUUCAUCAUGAGUAUGCAACACCAUUUGGACUGACGUCUGAAUAUGCUCACCCUGCUGAGAUCCUGUUCCUUGGAUUUGCUACAAUUAUUGGUCCUGUCAUCACUGGGCCUCAUCUAAUAACUCUGUGGCUGUGGAUGGUAGUUAGAGUCCUGGAGACAGUUGAGGCACAUUGUGGUUAUCAUUUCCCCUGGAGCCUCUCAAACUUCUUACCCUUAUACGGAGGGGCUGAUUUUCAUGACUAUCAUCACCGACUGCUCUACACAAAGUCUGGCAACUACUCCUCGACUUUUAUUUACAUGGACUGGAUAUUCGGAACUGACAAGGGGUACAGAAGAUUGAAGGCAUUGAAGAGCAGCUAGGAAUGAGGUGGUGGGCAAGCAAAUAUGAAAAAAAGCAGAUGAUGAAAGAAUUUUUUUGUUGCCUGCUUUGAAAUUGGAUAAUGGGUUCUUAGCGGAGGGCAUCUUGGGAAAGGACUGAUUCAUUAUUGUUGUUCUUGUGAGUUACCAUAUUUUAGGUUUAUAUUUGCUCUUGUGGGUUACAGUUCUGUGUAAUGUGGAAUUUGUGCAAAAAGCUUCUUUGCAUGGUUUUGCCCCAGCUUCCAUGAAUGGAGCUACUGGCUUUUCUUGAUUUCAUGUCCAUUAAGUCAUGAAUACUAGGGUUUUUAAAAGUUUGUAUACAAUUCCUUUAUUAUUUUGUUCCAAAAAAUCAUUAAAUCGAAUAGUAAA